GGGACUUCGGAGGAGAGCACCCAGGCUCACAAGCGUAACACUUGCCGGUGACGUUCAGCUAUAAAUACACACUCGACCAACCGUGCUUUGGUUCUUUGCUCAUCAACAGCUUCGGUUUAUCUAACAGCGACCCAGCUUUCGAAUCGAUUCACGGCUAGUCUUCAACCUCUGCGCUUUCGAAACUCUAGUCCAGUGCCAGCACAAAUGUUUUCCCGCUCGUUGCUAUUUAUACCAUGUCUUUUAGUGCUUUUGGUAGCCUAUUCCAGUUUAGCUACUUCCAAGCAGAUCAAGAACAAGCAAAACGCGUCGAUAUGUUUCUGGGACGCAAAAAAACGGCACAACGUGUUAGCGGGUCAUUUGAAUUCCGAACGAAAGUUUGUUCCUCAACAGGGCAAUAACGCACCGAGUGGCGACUGCCAAUGCGACGAAUCAAACCCUCCCCGACUCUCCUGUCAGGAGCCCAUCCACAACAGCCCAUGGCCAUCCGUUGCUGACGUCUACUGUAGCAAUGACGAUAAUUGCAGUCGAUAAUCGAACAAUCUCCCUCCGAUGGCAUCUUCUUACUUGGCCUUUCCGACCUCAUUUGACUACUGAAAGUACAUUUGUUGCUCGAAUUUGUGAUCUGCUCAAUUGAUGCCCAUUUUGAGCCUGCGUGCGGUAGAAACAUGCCCCUAGUGCCGUAUGUAAGAAGAUGUUCUGAAAAAGAUACAUCUGUGAUCGUGGAUGUGAGGAUUGCUUUGUGGUGUUCCAAGUCUGAUGUUUGUCAAUACGAAUGAUCGUGAUA